UUCAUUUGUAAGAGCCUGGUUCAGACGGCCCUGGAGUCCUCAUUAAUCCUUAACACCAACAAAAACAAAAAUAUUGUUAACAUGGUGUAGGAUUUUUCAGGGUAAAAUAAGACAGGUUACCAGUACAAAAUAGUUACAUUCCUGUCCAGGCUGUGGAUAUUACUACACUGGGGUGUUUGAACAGUUAAAUAAUCCAGCCUGGUAGUUGUGUCCGGCUCAGCCUGCGUCUCACAGACAUGUCGGAUAAUGAAGUGGAAAAGUUUGAAAUUACUGAUUAUGACCUGGAAAAUGAGUUUAAAACCUCACGCCCAGGUCGGAGGCAGACCAAGGAACAACAGAUUUAUGGUAUCUGGGCACAAGAAAGUGGCGAUGAAGAGGAGGGAGAGCCAGAAUCCUUGAAUGUUCCACUACCUCGGGCUCGUGUCCUUCGAGGGGGACUCAACUUUGUCUCAGGUGGUAUACAGCAGUCAGGCAAGAAAGAUGACAAGGACAAGAAAGAAGGCUCAGAUGAAGACUCUGAAUCAGAACUUGCGCCAAGACCUAUGUUUGGUGCUGGCGCUGACUCUAGUGAUGAAGAAAUUACUGCAAAAACACAGCUCCCAUCAUCAUUUGUAAGCAAGAAAUCCUCAGAUUACUCUUCAUAUACCUCAUCAACUUCUAAACCAAGAGAUAUUGCAGGAAUACGUCGCAGUGGUACGCAAGGUGGAGGUAAACCUGGUCUGCUGGGUAGUGGUAUGGCAGACUGGGAAAAGUAUACUUCAGGCAUUGGAAGUAAGCUCUUAAAGAAGAUGGGCUUUGAAGAAGGCAAAGGUCUUGGUAAGAAUUUGCAAGGUAUAUCGACUCCUGUAGAGGCAAGCAAGCGAAAGGGAAAGGGAGCUAUUGGUUACUAUGGAUCAGAGAGGACUGAAAAGUUUAAGGACUUUCCAGUACAUGAUUCAGAUGAAGAAGAGAAAGAGAAGUUCAAGGACCUCCUUCAGCAGUGGAAGAAGACUGGCAGCAAGAAAAAAAUAAAGUAUGUAUACAAGAGUGCAGAAGAAGUUAUUCAAGAAGGCAAGACAAAAAAACUGAAGCCAACAGAUGACAGUCAUAUCACUAGAACUAAAGUUAUAGACAUGACUGGUCCAGAAACUCGAGUUUUAAGUAGUUAUCAUGCCAUUGCUGGGCAGAAAAAUUUUGUUGAUGAAUAUGAAGAAGAUAAAAAGAAGAAAUAUGAGCAUUUUGAUUUGCCAGAACUUUUGCAUAACCUACAGAUGCUCUUAGAAAAUUGUGAAGAUGACAUUGUCCGUAAUGCCCGGACUUUAGAACGAGAAAAUGACAGAAUUGUUCACCUUAAUCAUGAAAGGGAAAAAUAUGAAAGUUUAGUAGACAGGGAAAAGAAAGAACUUGACAGUCUUGACCAAGCUCUUGCUCUUGUAGAAGGACUUGAGACAAGGCAUAAAGAGCAGACACUAAAUCUCAGUGAUGCUACAGCAAUAUUUACGGAAUUAAAAUCGGAUUAUCUAAAAAUAUAUAACACUUUUGAAAUCCCAUACUUAGCACCCACUUAUGUGACACCUCUCUUAAAAGAGUUACUCAGUACAUGGAAUCCUUUAGCUCAGCCAACAGCUCACAAGGAAGUAUUUGCUACAUGGCAGCAGUUGGUAGAUUUGGGUGGAAAUCAGCAUCAACAACCAGAUACCACUGUACCAUUAGAUCCUUACCACCAUCUGGUAUGGGAGACCUGGACUGCUGCUGUAAGAUCCACAGUCAUGGGCCCUUGGGAACCACGAGACUGUGGUCCACUACUUGCUGUAUUGGAAGCAUGGAACUAUCCCUUGGUUCCUGUAUGGAUCCAAGGACACUUGCUUCAGCAUGUUAUUUUACCCCGUAUCACACGUGCUGUUCAUAAUUGGAAUCCACUUCAAGAUACUGUGCCAAUUCAUACUUGGCUUCAUCCCUGGCUUCCUCUGUUAGUAGAUCAUCUACAGUCUGUGUACCCUGUAAUACGUCAAAAACUUUCAGCUGCUCUUGUUCACUGGCACCCAAAUGACCGCUCAGCCAAAAUGGUUUUGCAGCCAUGGAAACGAGUUUUCAGUGAAAUAGCAAUGACCACACUAAUUCAGUCCAACAUUCAGCCAAAGUUAGAGUCUGCACUUGUUGAAAUGCCCAUUAAUCCCCACAAUCAGAAUUUGGAUCCAUGGCAUUGGUUCUUGGAUUGGGAUGAUUUACUACCACCACAGGUAUCAUUAGAUAUGUUGGAACGUUGCUUCUUUCCCCGUUGGUAUCAGGCAUUGGCCACAUGGCUUUCAGCUAAUCCUCCCCAUCCUGAUGUUAUAGCAUGGUACAAAGGAUGGCGAGAUCUUAUACCAAAAAGUGUUGCAAAUCAUCUUCAGAUACGCCAAAAGUUUCAGCAGGCCUUGGAGGUGUGCAGUCGUGCUCUGAGCUACCAACCAGGUGCCUCUGAUCAGUUCAGUCUUUUGUUGGCUGGUUUAGACAAACUGAGUGAACCUCCACCACCACCUCCCCUAGGUUCUCCCCCUAGACAGCGAUCCAAAGAUUGGGCAGAUAUCAUUAGUAGUGCACGAAGAGAAACCCUCAGUAUGCGAGAGGUUGUUGAGCGUAGAUGUUUAGAACAUGGCACUGUAUUUGUUCCAAUACCUGACCGAAAACAUGAAGGAAGACCAGUGUACAGAUGUGGUAAGCUUAACAUUUCCUUCAAUAAAAACAUCAUUUAUGUACAGACAGAAAGAGGAUGGAUGCCCAAAAGCCUUACAACAUUAUUAGAUGAUGCUUAAAAGUUCACUAGGUUAAUUUUGGUUGUAAAAUGACAAAAGUGAUACAUAUUGUAUAAUAUUUAUAUUUGUGAUCACAAUGAUAUAAUAUUGUAAUGUAUCAAUUUUUACACUGCCACUGCUGUUAAAUUUUUUGUGUUUAAACUCUUUGCCAUCAUUAUUAGAAUCCUCACAUUUUGUAUACAGUAAUUUAAUUUCAGUGACACUUAAAAUUUAUUGCACCCUCUGUGAUGAACUUUGGCAUGGCUUACCAUUGUUUUCAAUGGUAGGCUGUGAAGUUAAACGUGAACUUAAAAAAAUUAGAUGCCUAAACCUGAGCAUUAAGACAUUCACAGUUAUUGUUAGAUUUUUAACUUGUGGAAUCAUCAUAGGGAGAGGUGACACCAUGUAGUAAACGCAUUUUACGUACCGACACACGAAAUCGUAACACCAUUGCAAACAAACCAUGGAAUGUGUGGGGAUUGAACCCAUGGCAAGCGAAUCAUAAAACUCCAGGCCAGUGCGUAAGCCACUCAGGUUACGCACUGGCCUGGAGCUUUAUGAAUCCUUGCCAUGGGUUCAGUCUCCAUCCAUUUCAUGGUUUUUAUUGACUUACUGGUUUUUGCAUUAUGGUUGACUGCAGCAGAUGUUUGCUGAUAUGCAUUUGUCUGAUUACUCUCUGGCUGAAGAAAUUAGAUUUUUUAAUAUGAAAAAAUAGAUUGAAGUAAUGAGUGUAUGAAAGCAUUAAUUACAGAAAGAAAUAUAAAAAGGAAUUGUGAUCAAUGCAAAAUAAAACAGCUGACAACUAAUUGUAUCAUGACAGAGGUGAGUUUUUGACCAGUUUUCCAAAUGUUAAUAUAGUUACUGAAAGGGUUUGUAAAAAUAAAAGCAAAUUUAUAGUUGGAGAAAAAAAUAUUGGCUUUAUUUCUUGUAGUCUUAUUCUUCUGCCAUCUUAGAAAUUCAUUAGGUAACUGAGUCUUUCUGCUGCUUUAUAUAAAGAUUUUAUUCUUUUGGUUGUUAAUAUUGUACAAAGAAAAGAAAAUUAAAAAAAAUUUUUGUUUUUUAUGUCAACCUCGACCAUGACCCUAAAGCACCUUACAUGAGUAUAAUAAUAACCUCCAGUGGCCUGUGUAAGAAAUGCUAAUAAUUAUCACCAUAAUAAACAACUAAUUUUAAAUACAAUUUAAUCCAUCUCAUAGUACUGUACUAUGGCUUUGAGCUUGGGGUCCAUUAUGUACGUACUAUGUAUUAAGUUAUGAGUUCAGCUGCCUCAGAUAAGCUGUGAUCGGUAAAUUCUGGCCUAAAUAUGAGAGAAUGGGUCUGUGCAAUGAGUAUGCACCAUAUAAAAAAAAAAAUCUUGAUGCACACAGUUCAAGAUGAGAAAGACAAAACUGUGACUGUGUGCAUGGUUUAAAAUAGCUAAUUUGUGGUGUAUUUUUGGACAGUUUUAUGGUUUUAUUGAUAGUUUCUUUGUAUCAUUCAAUAGAAUGGAAGACAUUACAGAAAUAGAGAUGAUUUUGAUUGGUUUCUGGACUGUAAGUAGCUUUAAACUGAGAUAAAACUAACAGAAAUA